AUGGAGAAGCUGCGAGAGGAUGUGCUCGAGUGGUCCCUUGCCGACGACGUGGGUCUCCUCAGGGUCAUCGAGGACGUGUCGUCGGACAUUCGCAGCCAGAUCCGGUUGGUGGAGAAAGACGUGGACGACCUCUUGUUCGAGGCCUCCAGGGCCCACGUGGCACUUCGCAACACCUUCACGGACUUCUCCAUGCUCUCCCACCGCCAGUUUGUUGAGAACCGCGUGUAUGAGGAGGACGAGGUUGUGAAGACCAAGACGGAUAGCAAGAACGAGAACGCGACUCCUCAGAACGAUGCUCAGACAAGGGAGGCGAAUCUUGUCCCCAAGUACACGCAAGCGAUCGCUGCCUCCUACAAGGUCCUGCGAUCACGCGUCCACUCCCUCGAGCAGAUCUCGAGCACUUCGCGAGGCAGCUACAGCAGGCGCCCUCUCCCUCUUGUCAUCGGGUCCUCAAAAUUCAACAGCAAUGACGUGGCUGGGAUGUGCAGCGCGCUUGAAAGGUGCGAGGCCCCCGUGGAAGAAGAAUUUGUGUCCGAGGAGGAAGAGGAGUUUGUUCCCCGGGCCAAGCAGCAUGCCGCCCAGCCGACUGCCAACCACCAAGAGAACGGGGAGCAAGAGAACGAGAACAUCUUUGCAAGGGCUCUGGACAUAGUGGAAGGAGAGGGGCUGUCUAGUCGUCGUGAUGUGACGUCGAAUGGAGCUUCUGCUCUCACGUCAAAUCCCGUCGUUGACGACGACGACGACGACGACGAGAUCUUUGGUGGAGGAUUCUUUGGGAGCAUCACCAGCAGGAAGAAGAAUGUUGGCUUGUUCGGCGACGAGCCUGUCCAGGACGACAGAGACUAUGUCGAUCUCUUCAGCAAACAACCUGCAGAGGCCAAGAGUUCCUUCAUGCCGGAGGAGGGGGCCAAGGAUCUGUUCACUCCUGCCUCAGGCUCCUUGUUCGGCCCACCGGACGACGCACAUGACGAUCAGAAGGAGAAGAAAGAUCAGGUGGCUGAUCAGCCAGCAAAGACAAACUCACUCCUUGCUGCAUCCAAGCACAAGGUCCGGAGGCCUGACUCGAGCAGCGACGAGGACAAGGACGAGUGGAGUGAUGACGAUAGCGUUCCUGCUGCUCAAGGAUCCAAGGCCGUGAAGGAGGAGACGAAGCAUAGCAGCUCCACUCAGCGGCAGCGGGGGAGGCUAGAUGGCUUGUUUGACGACGAUGACUCUUUCUUGUACGACUUAUUGGUGGAGGGGAAGGGGCUGGUGACUGACUUGGUGGGUCGAAGAUUUGGUGGAACCUCUACGGCGGCGCAGAAAUCGUCCCCGGCGAUAAAUGUACCCUCGCAGACUUCAAACACCAAGAAAGGAUUGUUUGAUGAUGACGAUGAUUUCGUACCUGUCAUCAAACCGACAAGCACUGCUGGAGGGGGAGCAAGCAAGGCAGAGGCCAAGCCCAAGGGCGGACUCUUCGGGGAUGACGACGACGAUCUGUUCAGCAGCAAGGCGAAGGCGACUGCGGCACCAGCUGGGGGAUCAGCAGCUGCGAGCAAGGCAGAGGCUAAGCCCAAGGGAGGACUCUUCGGGGAUGACGACGACGAUCUGUUCAGCAGCAAGGCGAAGCCCAAGGCAGCACCAGCACCAGCAUCGGCAUCGGCAGGGACGCCAGGAGGAGGGGCAAGCAAGGCAGAGGCUAAGCCCAAGGGCGGACUCUUCGGGGACGAUGCGGAGGAGGAUCUGUUCAGCAGCAAGGCGAAGCCCAAGGCACCACCAGCACCAGCAGCAUCGGCAUCGGCAGGGACGCCAGGAGGAGGGACGAGCAAGGCAGAGGCUAAGCCCAAGGGAGGACUCUUCGGGGAUGACGACGACGACGACGAUCUGUUCAGCAGCAAGGCGAAGGGAGGGCUGACGGACGCGAUGGUACAGCCCAAGGCAGCACCAGCAGCAGCAGCCUCACCGGCAGCAGCAUCGGCAUCGGCAGGGACGCCAGGAGGAGGGGCAAGCAAGGCAGAGGCUAAGCCCAAGGGCGGACUCUUCGGGGACAAUGCGGAGGAGGAUCUGUUCAGCAGCAAGGCGAAGCCCAAGGCAGCAGCACCAGCAUCGGCAUCGGCAGGGACGCCAGGAGGAGGGGCAAGCAAGGCAGAGGCUAAGCCCAAGGGCGGACUCUUCGGGGACGAUGCGGAGGAGGAUCUGUUCAGCAGCAAGGCGAAGGCGGCAGCAGCAGUGGAAGGAACGUCAGGGGGAGUAUCAGGAGGGACGAGCAAGGCAGAGGCUAAGCCCAAGGGCGGACUCUUCGGGGAUGACGACGACGACGACGAUCUGUUCAGCAGCAAGGCGAAGCCCAAGGCAGCAGCACCAGCACCAGCACCAGCAGCCUCACCGGCACCAGCACCAGCAGCAUCGGCAUCGGCAGGGACGCCAGGAGGAGGGACGAGCAAGGCAGAGGCUAAGCCCAAGGGCGGACUCUUCGGGGACGAUGCGGAGGAGGAUCUGUUCAGCAGCAAGGCGAAGAAAACGACAAGAACAGCAGCACCCCCACCCUCCAAAGACGAAGCCCAGCUCUCCUCGACCUCCAACAGCCGCAAACUGGCAAUGACACUCAACAUCAAUCCCUCAGCCAUGCUGCCUGGGGCCAAGCAUCCCAAGAAGAGCGAGGAAGAGAAGAAGGAGGAGAGGAGGGAGGAAACCAGGGAGGAAAGAAGGGAAGAAAAGCGGGAGGAAAGGAGGGAGGAGAAGAAGGAGGGGGAAACGGCUGGGUCUGUUCUACAGCACGAGACGGCCCAGAGGCCGAAACUGGCAGGGAGGAGGAGGCCUACGUCGAGACUUCCAGGUGCGAGCUCGGAAGCAGCAGAAACUUCAGGGGUAGAGGCGAAAGCAGAGGGCGUCGCGCAGGCUCCAGCGGCGGCGGCGGCGGCGGCGGCGGCGGCGGCGGCAGUGGUGAAGCAGGUGCAGGAGGUGCAGAAGGCAAAGGAGAAGGAGGAGGCGCGAAAGGCGCAGGACGAGGACGAGGACGAGGACGAGGACGAGGAAAUCUUUUCAUCCAAGCCCACCUCCUCUAAGUCAAUCUUCUAA